UAUGGUGUAGAGCGUGGCUUCAGCAGCUAUAGGACGAGGCAAGACACACGACGAAGACACAAGACAUUGAUACGCCGGGGAUAGUUAAUCUAUAUUUGAUUUGCCAAGUGAUCGUUGUGGCUUAGAAAUCACUCCAACUUAAUUAGAACGAAUCUGCCUGUAAUUUCAAGCAAGCUCUUUGAAGGUAAUUGGCCUUACGAUACGAGCUGGAUUAUGUGAGAUGUGCAAUGAAUACGAAAACAAAAAGUUUAAAAGAGGCCGCUAUCGAUCUUCGGAUCUAGACAGACAAUGUGAAAAUCGAUCUCGACCUUCGCUGACACAACUGGUGUGUGUACUAGGAACAGUUUGGGGCUUGCCCACAUUUUAUACGAUAUUCUAUCUCUUUGUGAUACGCCUUUCUCCGAGUUAAAAACUGAAUCUGCGGGCGUGUCUUGUUUUGAAGGAAAGGCAUGAGUUGUGUUUCUUUUAUAUUGCUGACGCUGACGUCGACAUGGUCAAUGACGAUAGUCUUGUCCGAAGACGCUGGACGUUCUGUCUUGUCAGAGAGGAAGAAACUGAAGGACGACUUUUACAAACCUGAUAUCGAGAAGUUCUGUAGCCUGGAGGUGGCUUGUGAUGGCGUGAGUGGUACUCGUAUCCCCAUUCAACUCCCCCGGGGUCGCGACGGCAGUAACGGUGCUCGCGGACCCACCGGUCCCUCCGGACCACGAGGAAGGAAUGGAGCACGGGGACCGGCAGGACCGCCCGGAAAAGCUAGUACUGGAGUAAGACCAUCGGCAUUUAUGGUUGGAACUAUCGCCCAUCGCUACCCACACAGUCACAAGAAACAGCGGGAAGUCUUGAUCUACGACUACGUCUUGACCAACGCUGGCAAAGACUACGACAACGUCACUGGCAUCUACUCGGCGCCGCUGAAUGGAACGUAUAGCUUCACAGUAACCUUCGCCGCCCACGCUGGUAAAGAGGCAGCGGGUGAGUUGAGGGUAAGCGGGAGCGACACCUUCAUUGGUCGGGUGUGGGCCAUCAGCCGCCCCUCCUGGACCAUGUCUUCCAACACAUUCGUCAUCCAACUUAAAGAGGGACAGAGGGUUUGGAUCAAGCCCAUCGAAUCAGCAUUGCAGCUCUAUGGAAACUUCUACUGUACCUUUUCAGGGCAUGCCUUGUUCUACGACUAGAUAGAAUGUGUGUGAUAGCGUGUACUAGACCCAACACACAUGUAACACGUUGUAGACACAUGUAACACGUUGUACUUGACUCAACACACAUGUAACACGUUGUACUAGACC